CUGAGCCGGAGCGGCGGCGGCGGCGGCGGCAGGAAGAGGCGAAGGCAGAGCCCGAGCUGCGCUUCCCCGCCCGGCCAUGUAGAGGGGGCCCGCCGCGGAGACGCCCGCUCGCUCGCCCCGGCGUGAGGGAGUAGAGAGGCAGCGGCGGCUGAGCGGAGGGGCCCGAGGAGGGUCGUGGCGGCCCCUCGCCCGCCCGCCAUGGAGGACAUCAACUCCAACGUGAACGCCGACGCCGAAGUGCGGAAGCUGCAGGAGCUGGUGAAGAAGCUGGAGAAGCAGAACGAGCAGCUGCGCAUCCGCAGCGCCGCCGGAGCGCCCGCGGGCAGCCCCAAGCGGCUCCUCGGCACCGGCGGGGCGUCGGGCGCUUCCACGCCGCCGGCCGCCGCCCCGCCGCCGCCCCCGUCCCCGCCGCCUUCGUCGUCGUCCCCCGCCGCCCGGAGCAGCCCGUCGCUCUCGGGGCUCGAGGGCCGCUGCCCCAGCCCCAAGGCCGGGCCCCGGCGGCCUGGGCCGGGGGAGGAGAGCGGCGGGCGCGGCGGUGCGGCGGAGAACGGCGGCCUCCUGGACGAAGUGGAGCCGCUGAGGCCCGACGAGCUGGAGAGGCUGGCCGGCGGCGAGGAGGACGAGACCGGCUGGUUAUAUACCUCACCAAAGAAAAAAGUUACCCCAGUCCAGAAGUCGGUUAGUCCUCUAGUUUGGUGCAGGCAGAUAUUGGAUUACCCAACUCCAGAUAUCGAAAGUGCUAAAAAGUCAUUGAUCCACAGGCUUGAACAAACAAUGUCAGCCCUCAAGAGACACAGUCUAUACAGUAAUCCAUUCAGCGCUGUCAAUUACACAAACUCUUACAGUCCGAACACUGGCAGUCCCUACAACAGUAGCUACAACUCCCCUUCCGCCACACCAGUGAAACCUCCUUUAAUAAAACAGCUCAUUCUUCCUGGAAACUCAGGUCAUUUCAAAAGUUCAUCAGAUAGAAAUCCUCCACUUAGCCCACAAUCCUCUAUAGACAGCGAAUUAAGUGCUUCAGAAAUGGAUGAAGACUCAAUUGGAUCAAAUUACAAACUAAAUGACUUAACAGAUGUGCAAAUUUUAGCACGGAUGCAAGAGGAAAGUCUCCGGCAAGAAUACGCUGCUACUGCUUCUCGCCGUAGUUCUGGUUCUUCAUGUAGCUCUAUGAGGCGAGGCACAUUUAGUGAUCAAGAACUUGAUGCACAGAGUUUAGAGGAUGACGACGACAGCUGUCAUCACACCGUGCACCCAGCUGUGAAUCGGUUCUCUCCAUCACCACGCAACUCACCACGGCCUUCGCCAAAGCAGUCUCCGAGGAAUUCUCCCAGGUCUCGUUCGCCUGCUAGAGGAAUAGAGUACAGUAGGGUGUCGCCUCAGCCAAUGAUUAGCCGCUUGCAACAGCCUCGUCUUUCACUUCAAGGUCAUCCCGCUGAUUUACAGACGACCACUGUCAAAAAUGAAGAAAAACUAAGGCGUAGUCUUCCAAACCUGUCCAGGACAUCUAACAUCCAAGUUGAGUCUGUGAAAAACAGUAGAAGUGACUCAAACUUUCAAGUGCCAAAUGGAGGAAUACCUCGUAUUCAACCUCAACCCUCAGCCACUCUGCAAAGGCAGAAAAAUUUGCCCCGUGUUGCCUUCAAAACCAAACAGCUACUUCAUGCUCCAACUACCAAAGGAGUACCUUCUCCCAGUAAAUUCCGGUCUCCAGCAGCACCAUCUCCUCUGGCUCUGAGACAGCCGGUCAAAGCAUUUAGUAACCACGGACCUAGCUCUGCUGUUCCAGAAGCCACCCCGUUUACAAACAGCAGUGCUUCACCAGGGCCUUCAGCAGCUCCCAGUUCAGUCUCUCCGAGCCCAGUCAACAACAUCAAUAAUGCGACGCUUACUAGACCCGCAGGAACAACAGGGAUGAGGAGUGGUUUGCCAAGACCUAGUGCCCCCUCCAGUGGGGGCAUACCAGUGCCUCGCAGCAAGCUCGCCCAGCCUGUUCGCAGAACAUUGCCAGCACCCAAAUCCUACAGCAACAUGAAAGACGAGAGCUGGAAGGACGGCUGCUACUGAAUUGCAAAUGGCUCAGCAAGAACUCCUUCACCAGGCUGAAUGACAGGUCAAUACACGGACCGAUCAGUUAAGACUUGGGGGGGAUUGUAAAUCCCUAGACCUCUGUCCUUAAUUAGCACAAGCUGGCAGAGAUUAUAAAACAGCACUUUAAUGACAUUAACAUCAGAUACUUUGUGAUCACUCAAAUCAUUUUUACAUGAUUUUACAUUUUUUCACCUCUCGAGAGCCCCUCCACCUCUUCUUGCUUCUUAAAAAUUGUUGUAAAUGCUCACAUGGAUAAAAGGGCCAACAUCUGGGUGUACACCUCACUUAACAAAAUGCCAAAGAAAUGUCCAUCCUGGGGGAAAAAGCAGCAUGCAAAAUAGGAAACUAAAUUUUUUCAAAACAUCACAUGUGACUUGGUUUGGUUUGAUUGCAGCAAAAUGCGUUGUUUGGAGACAUAGCGUGUACACGUUAACAUAUUAAUCAAAGCAAAAAAAAUUUGAAUUGUCACAUAUUACUGUGCUAACGAGAUGGGUUAAAACCAUUGUGGACAGUUCGGGUAGCCACAAUAAAGCAGUUGCCUCUGGAGCCCCACUGCAAGGGUGGUAGGGAAGCCAUGCUAUUGUUUCACCUGUUAGAAACAGUUUGGGUGCCGUUGGUCUUGCCCUAACCAGGGUGGGAUCUGUUGCACCCUUUCACGUUAAUGUAUCUGGUUCUGUGCUAUUCUAUUUAGAUUGCCAAAAGGGCUUCCUAUCAGUUGUACAAUCGUUCAUAACUUUACAGUUCCUGGCUCAGGAAAGAUUGCCUUUGCUGUCACAGCCGCAUUCUUUAACACAUGGCUUUAUGUUGUUUUGAAAAGCAAUUUUUUUACAGGGAGUUUCCUUGAAAAAGAAAAAAAGUGUCCAUUCAGAAAUCACACCACAGUGCUUGUCGCCUGGAAGUCAACUGAACAUGCCUAUUGUUUAACAUGAAGAAAAGACAACUAUGCACUAGUAAUCUAGAGGCUCUAAGGAGAUAAGCUGUACUGUUGAUAUCAAAUGAUAGAUUCAUGUAGGUAUCGUUUUGUGGUAUGAGGGAGUUUUCUGUACUCUUAAAAUUUUGGUUUCCUACAUUUGUUUUUUUUAUUGUAAAUACUUCUACAAAGUUAAUGCCCUUGUUAGUAUUUUUAACUAUGUACUUUGCCUUACCUGUAUUUUACAUUGCUGGUAAACCUGCCACAUGUGUUUACAAGGUGUUCAUUUCUUCUAGUGGCUUUCCACACUAGCCAAUACUUACCACUGUCUUUGCCUAUCCUUGUUGGAAGGAUACCCCAUCUAGCAGAAAAACUGCUCCUGUUAAUAUCCAAAGCCCCCAGCCCUCCAGUUUGUUGUUCCUACCUUAUAUGGUGGGUGACUGCAGGCUGGGCAGUUAUCAGUUUCAAAGAGAAAAUGCCUUCGAUUUAGAGGCUGAGAGGGCUAUCUCUCUAUAACUGCAAGUAAGCAGAAGUCACAACGUACAUAAUGAAACAAGUAGCUACUCAUGCGAUCUUUUAUGUACUGACUGACAAGCAUCCCACUGGUAUGUUUGGUAGGUCUUUAUCAAUGCCUGCCUCUUAAAAUGAACUUCUUAAAUCUUUACAAAGAGGGUACUUGAGAUUGAAUUUCACAGCACUCAGAUUUUUAUCUAGAGUUCAUAGAUUAGUGGAUUAAAAGCCAUGCAGUUCUACUUGAAUUGGAGACGCAGUUGGGAAUGCUGUACCACUUUCUAGUUUUCUGCAUACACAAAUCUUGAAGGUAGAAAGAAAUUCUUCCUACGCUACAUUUUUAUGAGUGAUUUGCAGAAGCAUUCUUGUAGAUCAAAAACAUAGUGUGCAAAGUUAAUUAUAAAAAGUUCUUUUGAUCUUCACACCCAGUGAAAUCUACUGAUCAGGGAUGUCUUCCAAAAUUUAUGUAACUAGUACCAUGGGAGGGAGGGGUAUGAUGGAGACAUGUUGUGCAAUUAGUCCCGCGCAUCAUAUUUAAAGUGCUGAGCAGAAAACAAUAUGAGGUACCCAGUUAUUUUGGGUAAAUCUACCCAGCCUUAUUAAAGACUUGGCUCUAACAAAUCACAUGUCCCACUCUUCAGAAAUGAAGAACUUCUUCUAAUUUGUCAUUUUAUUAGGCAAAUAUUUAACUGGUUUGUUUUACUCAGAAAACACAGAUGUUGCCUUCUUAACCAAGCUACAUAACCGUAUUUUAUAAACCAUUUUUAUAAAACUCAGCCAUUGUGAUCAUUUUGAAUUUAGGCAUAUUACAUUCUGCUGCUACAUUGUAACAGACAUUCAACAAAUAAAAAAUUCUGGAAAAAAACCUGCCAGUUUACUAGGGGAGACUUCUUGAUUACUGGGACACCUUAGGGCUUUCUGUGUUUAGAGGUUUGGGUAUGCUGAAGUGUGGAAACAUGAAUUUGAUAAACUAGUGCCUAUGAUUUACUUUUAAUUCAUGUUUGAUAAUAGUAGUAAGGGUUUUAUGAAUGUGGAUUUUUAUUUGUUCUAACAGCUCUGAAUUGUUGUAUGUAUGUAGGCAGAAAAGAGAAAGUUCUGCUUCCAAAGUUAUUUAAUUUUUUCCUCAGUGUAUGAAUGUUUUUUGUAAGUGUUAAUAAAAGUUAAAAGGAAAAAAUAUAGAUAUUAUUUACUACAACACCCUGACUUCUUUGUUAAAGAAAAAAUAAAAUUUGUAUGCAAAA